CGGUCCGACAGGGGGCAGCGCGGUGAGGAGCCGCAGCAAACUGUCCGCUGUGUUCGGUAAAUCCAAUAUGUCUGCGCCCUAAAGGAUGCAGCUAACGGCGUGAGAGAGCAGGACAAGUGACAGUGGAUGGAUUCUCAGUUGACUUGGAGGCAGAUUUAAGGCUUUUCAGACAUACCAGGAUGUCAAAGAUCUCCAAGGCAGCUAAGGCUGUGAAGAAAUUGGAUACAGGCAAUGUAAUCCGGGCCAUAGUGAGGUCAGGACAAGCGGCCCCUGGACCCCCAUUAGGCCCCGUCUUGGGACAGAAAGGAAUCCCUAUUGGGCAGUUCUGCAAGGACUUCAAUGAGAAAACCAAGGAGGUGAAGGAGGGCAUCCCACUCCCUAUCAGGAUCCAUGUAAAGCCUGACAGAACAUACGACCUGAAGAUCGGCCAGCCCACGGUGUCUUACUUCCUGAAGCAGGCGGCAGGCAUCGCGAAAGGGGCUGGAAAAACAGGCCAUGAGACAGCUGGGAUGGUGUCGGUAAGAGCAGUGUAUGAAAUUGCUCAGGUGAAAGCUCAGGAUGAAUGCUUCAAAAUGAGGAACACCUCCCUUCAGAACGUCGUCAAAAGCAUCGUCGGCUCAGCUCGCUCCCUGGGAAUCAAAGUCGUCAAUGAUCUUUCAGCUGAUGAGUACAAAGUCUUCCUGGAACAGAGAGAGGAGAAGUUGAAGCAGAUGCUGCAGCAGCUGCCGCUGCCGCUGCAGCUGAAGCUUCGGGCAAAAAGAAAAUGAAGACCUGCAAUACUGACCUCGCAUUCCUGUUUAUACUGACUUAUACAUGUACUGCAUUCAUGCAAAAACACUGUUAAUGUUGUGUCCAGUAGAUCUAAAUAAAGCAUCAGUUGUUUCAUGA